UCCAAACAUACGAAGUACAAACCCGAAACCGUAUGUCCAUCGACCCAAUCAUCAUAUCAUAAGAGUCCAUAGUUCCAGUCUUUUAAGCAUCUAGUCUCGCUCUUUCAUUCUUUUUCUUUCAAAGCAGACCCUCCCAGCCGCUUCGUAUCCCACUUGCAAAUCCUCACCUCAGCUACCGCUACCGCUACAGCCACCGACUACAGGUGGUGAUUCUCCGAUCGAUUAUCAAUCCCUAGCUCUGAGCCUAUGGCUUCACCCACUGCAGCCUCUGACAACAUUGACGGACCCGUUCUCAGCUUCGUCAACAAGCGCCUUCGCGCCCUCCGCAAGAAAUACAACCGCAUCAUCCAGAUGGAAGAGUCCGUCGCCCAAGGCAAGUUCCUCAACUCCGAACAGCAGGAAGUCCUCCGCUCCAAGACCGCUGUUUCCGCCCUCAUCGACGAACUCGAGAAGCUUCGGUGCCCGCUCGCCGCGGCUGUCCAGGAGGAAAUCAGCCUUGCCGUCAACCGUCACAGCCACCACCAUGCCGCCUCCAAUGAUGAUGCUAUCGUUGUUGAGAAUCGGGAUAGGUCUGAAAAUCAGGAGCGAGAGAAGAGUCAUGACGAUGAUGCUGUGGUGGAGGAUCUACUCCAUCUUCUCUACUUUGGGUCUUUGUUUGAUGUGAAGUCGCAGAGUGAUUUCACGUCGACGAUGUUGACUAGAACGCACGAGAGAGGGUGUUGCUUGACUUAUGACUAUGUUACAGAUGACGCCACGGAUCUGCUUGGGGAGAGGGAUUUGGACUUGAUUUCCAUGGUUGGUAGCUUGAUGAUUUCUCGGCCGGUGGACUCGGGUCUCUCCCACAAGAAUGCCUUGCAGCGGUGCAUCCAGCACGCCAAGCUUUGGCUAGCAAAUUCCCACAGCCCGAUUGAGCCCAUUGCUAACAACACUUAUUCAGGGUUGAGGGAAAAAUUGAGGAAGAUAAUGGCCUCAGAUUACUUCACUACUACACCUGAGAUUAAAGCGCCAGUUGAAGUAGCUGCUGCUGCUGAGAAUUAUGCAUCUUUCCAUGCUCCUGUUCAUGGGUCGGCUGCACCCAUCUCUGCGCCAUUCCAGGUGGAAGGAUCGAUUGCUCAAAGUCAACAAAAGGAUGAAGACCCUGCAAAUUUCCAUGGUCAUGAAGUGGGUGAUGAUCAAACUAGUCCAGCAGAGGAAUUUCAGAAGGAUGAGCAAGAGACAGAGAGUCUUAAAGAGGUUGCUUUUCAAGAAGACAGACCAGAAGAAGAACUGGAGCAAAGUCAAAGAGAACUAGAACCUAAGGAGCAGCAGUACAAUCCCCGAAGGAACUAUCAAAAUCAAAGAGGUGGUCGUGUUGGUGGCCGCAGAGGUUAUUCCAACGGCCGUGGAGGUCGUGGUGGCAGGGGAGGUGGAGGCUACCAGAAUGGUCGACACCAGUUUUAUGAUCAGCUUGGAAACUAUUAUCCCAGAAACUACUAUGACAAUAGGGGAAGAAGCAGCGGCAGGGGCGGUGGGAACCCUUACAACAACGGCACUGCAGCUCAUGUAGGUCACGACACUAAUCACACUGAUGUCGGAGUUGCUUCGUGACGUCAUCUUUUGUUGGGGUUUCUUUUAGGGUGUCAUGUUAUUAGCUACGUUGGUGGGUGGUGUAGUUCCUUGCAUUCCAUGAACCAUUUUGUUAAGUAUCAAUUGAUGUCGGUGAAUGCAUCAUCAUUAUUCAGGACACCCUCUUCCUCUUCUUUGUAGUUCAGACUCCGGAUACCGGAGGUCUUUAAUUAAAGCCUCGAAAAGGGGAAAAAGUAAAAAAGUUUAGAUGCAUUGUUGUGGUUAAU